UCUAAGUGUUUGCAUCAACGAAACAGUUGUCCCCGAUUGUCUCUCCGUAUAAAAUAAAACCGAAGCUACCGGGGGACUCCGGUUAGCCCCGAGUCCUAAGCAAUAUUCCGUUGUUGUAAAUAAUUAAUGUUUGUUUUUUGAUACAUUAAGGUGUAAUUACAAAUCCGAUAAAAAUAGGGAGGAAAAAUUGUGAGGGAAAACGGCGUCUCGAAGAAAGGGAUCUUCAAGGAUGUCCUCCGAGGCAGACGAAUUGGAGAAUAUGGUAUUAAGUUUUCGAGUGUCUGAGCUUCAGAUGCUUUUAGGUUUCGCUGGUAGAAACAAAUCGGGACGUAAAAACGAAUUGCAAUUGCGUGCUUUGGAAUUAUUGAGACUGAGAUCGCAUCCAGUGCAGUUGAAAAUUCGUGAACUCUAUAAAACAAUUCAAGCGGAUCAGUUAGCUGCCCACCAAAUGUACAGCCAACAAAGUGGUGAUUCUCAAUUGGACGAAAACAUGCAUCAGAGAAACGAUGAUGCAAGGGUUCUGCGUAGAGUCACCCAGCAGCAUGGAGGAUCUGGAGUGGCACCUGGGAAGGAUUUGCCACCUGCUCACCAGGCGUCUAUGCCGCAGUCUCAGGUCGCCAGGGCACCACCGGUUUAUCAGCCCUCGAGUUAUCAAGCAGUUGCAGCUCAGAGAUCGAACAACACUGUUUAUGCUCCCUACCCCUAUUCAACAAAAGUCCUGCCCCCACCAAUGCAAAUCCAGCAGCCGAGUCAGUAUCCAGUGCAUCCAGACGUCAGACUGAAGAAGUUACCCUUCUACGACUUACUUGGAGAAUUGCUCAAACCCUCGAGCCUGAUGCCCCAGGGCUCCAUGAGACUGCAGGAGAACAGUUUCCAGUUUCACUUGACCCCACAACAGGCGUCCGACAUUGCUACUUACAGGGAUUGCAGACCAGGGUCCAAAAUGGAAUAUAUUAUUCAAGUUCAGAUGAGAUUCUGCCUUCAGGAGACAUCCUGCGAGCAGGAGGACUAUUUCCCACCCAGUGUUCAGGUGAAAGUCAAUGGAAAACAAUGCCCACUGCCAAAUCCCAUUCCCACGAAUAAACCAGGAGUCGAGCCGAAACGACCUCCACGACCAGUUAACAUAAGCCCCCUAGUGAAGCUCUCCCCAACAGUAGCCAACACAAUCCAAGUGACCUGGUCCGCUGAUUACGGCAGACGUUAUGCAGUAGCAAUCUACAUGGUUAAAAAAUUAACGAGCUCAGAAUUACUCAGUAGACUUAAGAACCGAGGUGCCAGACAUUCCGAUUACACACGUGGUCUCAUCAAAGAGAAACUCAAUGAGGAUGCAGACAGUGAAAUAGCCACAACGUCGCUGCGUGUGUCACUGGCAUGUCCGCUGGGUAAAAUGAGAAUGAGUACACCGUGUCGUGCCAGCACCUGUUUGCAUCUACAGUGCUUCGAUGCGUCGUUGUAUCUCCAGAUGAACGAGAGAAAACCCACUUGGAACUGUCCUGUUUGUGAUAAAACAGCACUUUAUGAUAAUCUCGUUAUUGAUGGGUAUUUCCAAGAAGUUCUGCUGUCUAAGAAAUUGUUGAGUGAUGUCAAUGAGAUACAGCUGCUGCAGGAUGGCUCUUGGGAGAAUUUAGUACUGAAGAAGGAGAAGGAUAAGGACAAGGACAAGGGGGAGGCGAAGGCAGAGUCCAAUUCACGGGCUAAAGUCGAUGUUGAUACAGUCGAUUUAGACGAAAGUACCUCAGCAGUAUCAUCGAAACCAGAGGAGAAGAAGAAUGCUCCAGUAAUUGAUCUGAUUUCCGACUCAGAGGAUGACGACGAGGGUCCUGCAGCAAAACAGAUGAAAAUGUCCAAUAAUAAAAAUCCCUCGAGUCAAGGGACUCCUCGGAGAAAUCACGACAAUGCCAGGAGAGACAGUGAGUCUCCCGAUCUGUUGGUCAUCAAUCUCGAGUAAAAACCGGACUUUUCAUUCUACCAUUUCAGUUAUUUCAACAGCUUAAUGUAAACGUAAUUCUGAUGUAAGUGCGUACCAAAGUCGAUUCGUGAAGCACAUGGUUUAUGAACAACUAAGGACUUUUGUUUGUAUUAAAAAAACAAUUUCAUUUUCUUGAAUUUCUUAAAAAUGUAUGGCUAUUCUUUUCACUUCUAUAAAUAAAAUAUGAAAGUAAUAA